GCGUGAGAAGAAUGUCAUGGCAACCAAGGUUUUGGGCACUGUCAAAUGGUUUAAUGUGCGUAAUGGAUAUGGAUUUAUUAACAGGAAUGACACCAAGGAAGAUGUGUUUGUACACCAGACUGCCAUUAAGAAGAACAAUCCAAGGAAGUAUCUUCGCAGUGUGGGAGAUGGAGAAACAGUUGAAUUUGAUGUAGUGGAGGGAGAAAAGGGAGCAGAGGCAGCUAAUGUAACUGGUCCUGGUGGUGUUCCAGUCCAAGGCAGCAAAUAUGCAGCAGAUCGCAAUUACAGGCGCUAUCCACGUCGCAGAGGUCCUCCACGCAAUUACCAGCAAAACUACCAAAAUGAGGAAGGAGAGAAGACAGAAGGACCUGAAGAACCGGUAGAUGGAGACGGUGCUAAUCAACAGCCCCCUUUCCGGAGGCGUCGCUACCCACCAUACUACUUCCGAAGACCGUAUGGGCGCAGACCAGGGUAUAACCCCCCACCACCGGGUGAAGGCGCAGAGGGAGCAGACAACCAAGGUGCAGGAGACCAAGCCAGACCAGUGCGGGAGAAUAUGUACAGAGGAUUUAGACCAAGAUUCCGCAGGGGACCACCUCGUCAGAGACAGCCCAGAGAAGAGGGAAAUGAGGAAGACAAAGAGAAUCAGGGUGAAGGAACCCAGAGUCAGCAGCCACCUCAACGCCGGUACCGCCGCAACUUCAACUACAGACGCAGACGCCCAGAAAAUCCUAAACCACAAGAUGGUAAAGAGACCAAGGCAGCCGAAACAUCAGCAGAAAACACGUCCGCUCCCGAGGCUGAGCAGGGCGGGGCUGAGUAAAAUACCGGCUUACCACCUCUACCACCAUCCGGUUUUGUCAUC